AUGAGAGUUUUAACCUCGGAGGAAAAGGAAAUAGCGACAGUAAGUAUAGGCAGAAAAAGUGAUCUGACAGUUCAGCACCUCAAGGCCAGCAUUUGGUACAGCGUAUCGAAGAUGGUUGAGGAGGAAACGAAAAAACUCUCUGAAGACUCGGGAACUGAUAUAACUGCUACCCCGAGAUUUACAGCUGCUCUAGUUGAACUGGUUUACCGCCAGCUAACUGACGUUGGGGAGGAUUUGGAGCUGUUUGCCAAGCACGCAAGAAGAAAGACAAUUAUACCCGAGGAUCUGCUCAUGGUGAGCCGUAAGAAUAAUGCGCUACGUGACAUACUGAAGGAGUGUCUGGAAUCUUUGGAUGCGGAAGGAAAUCACGCUACAGUAGUUGCUGACACCAGAAGACAGCCUGUUUCUGAUAGCGACGACCCCUUCAGCGACCUCAGCCAAUCCUAA